AAAAAAAGACUAGCUCCGUGAACUCCCAAAGCAAUAUACACUAUAGUCUACAGUAUUUAAGAGUCACAAGUCACAACAACAUGUUCAUCUCAAGUAGUAAUUAUUUUGUGAUGGGCAGUGGCCUACUGUUAGUAUUUUUGCAUGCCUUUGUUGAAUUUUUAUCCAUUUAUUCAUGGCUAACUUUUGCUGCCCCAUUGAGAUGGAGCCUAAGACAUUGAACCAAGGUCAACUCAACCUUGCCCGAGAAGUUGCUGUUGACAUAGUGCAGAAUACAGAAUCGGACGAAGCAUCAAAUCUAUUUCUAGAGGGAGGAAAGCAAGUUGUUCAAAUAAAGGAGGCGCUAAUGCUAAUUGAGGAAGCAGAAGCACUGCAAGAAGAUUGCAUUGGGCAAGUAGUGAAAACAAACGCGGUGAUAGAGGCAUCGUGCCAAUGCGCGUGCCCAUCGGCGAUAAUAGACUCGCCUAAUCAAUCUAAGCUUAAGGAACCACUCUCAGCUCCCUUUUGAGCGUAACGCUUCACUGUUACCAAAUAAAGAUGCAACAUUUUAGUUUGACGCAUCAGCUUCUGCUUGUUUAUUGACCAGUGUAACGCUAGCUUUAUGAUUCCUCGGCAUUCAAAUGUUCAUAGUAUUUCGACA